ACAUCAACUCAAUACCGCGUGAGGGGAGGGCUACUGGUUGACUUGUCAGCGAUAUCAUCCAUCUCGAGUGGAGUGGAAAAAAGACUUGAGAGUGUUCGCUUGCUGAGUUUCUGAUCAUGAUCUUACGGCAGGUGAGGCACGCCGUCAAAAGAUUGACACACCGUUUUGCGUGAGAGUGAGAGGGAGAGCGCGCAGACGCAGAGGAGGAGAAGGAGGAGAUGGCCGAGCAAGCGAUUGGAGUUGUUAUAGAGAGGCUCAUUUUGUUCCUGGCGGAAGAGGCGGUAUCCAUCUAUGAACUCCGUGACCAAGUGGAGAGUAUGCAAGAAAAAUUGGGAAGGAUUCGAUGCUUCCUCAAAGAUGCCGACGGACGGAGCGCAAGAAAUGAAAGCAUCAAGAAUUGGGUGAAUGAGAUACGUCAGGUGGCCUAUGACAUUGAGGACGUCGUGGACAACUUUCUUGUAGAAGUUGAAAGUUAUUAUAACCGGAAGGAUUGGAAGGGCAAAGCAAAGAAGUAUGCCAAUAAGCCUAGAGAGCUAGUAGAACGACUUAAGAUAAGUUCCCAGAUCGAGAAGAUCAACAAGAAAAUCGAAGGGAUUACCCAGAGUAGGAAGGGGUUGGGUAUCCGAGGCAGUGACGAGGGAGGAGACCCUCGAAGAGAGUCAUUGUUGGAGAUGAGGAGGAGGGAUGCUUGUGAAGACCGAGAGCAUGAUGUUGUGGGGUUGGAGGAGAAAAUCAACGAGUUAGUGAAGCAAUUGGUUGAAGGGGAAGGCAGACGCCGCGUGAUCUCUGUGGUCGGCCAAGCUGGGCUUGGUAAGACGGUUCUAGCCAGAAAAGUGUAUAACCGUGCCAAGAGCAGCUUCAUGUCUGCUGCUUGGAUCCAUGUGUCGAACAACAAGACGAAAGAAGUUCUGAGAGAGCUGUGUAAAGCCGUCCUUCUCCUUCCUGGAGACAGAGACAAGAUAGAGCCGCAGAACGAGGGAGAGAUGCGAGAGAGUAUAGAAAAAAAAUUGAAGGAGGAGAAGUACUUGGUUGUUCUCGACGAUGUAUGGACACCUGAAGCAUGGGAUGGUAUUAGGGGAGCUUUCCCGGAUGGGAACAAGGGAAGCAGGGUUCUGAUAACUACGCGAGACGGGAGGGUUGCGGAACGCUCCGACCAGAACACUCCUCCUUACAGGCCUCCCUUGCUGAACGAAGAAGACAGUCAUAAGCUGUUCUUCAGGCACGCGUUCCCCAGAUCCCCCUACUCAUGCCCUCGUGAGUUGGAAAGUUCGGCCAAGAAGAUUGUGCAAAGAUGCGGCCGCCUGCCCCUGGCACUCGUUACCCUUGCAGGCAUUCUGUCUGGAAAAGAACAGACGAUUCAAGCAUGGGAGGAUUUUAUUGCGGGACACAACUGGGAUCUCACUCAAGGUAACCAUGAGAUCUCCGGCGUCCUGGCUCUGAGCUUCGACGACCUACCUUAUUCUUUGAAACCCUGCCUGCUUUAUUGCUGUGCUUUUCCGCGUGACUCCGCAAUCCGAGUCAAGAGACUCUUAAGGCUGUGGAUAGCGGAAGGUUUUGUGCAAAGACAAGGGUCGAGGAGACCGGAGGCAGUUGCCGGGGAUUACUUGGCUGAGUUGGUUGACCGCAGCCUGGUUCAACCUUGCAAGCGUAACUGCUUCGGCCAAAUCAAAUCGUGUCGAGUUCAUGAUGUUUUAGGCCAAACGUUGCUAGCUACGGCAGAGGAGCAGAAUUUCUUCAAGAUUUAUUCGGCGGACAGCAAGUGUGACCUGUUGAAAUGCCGCCGCCUCGCUAUCCACUGUUGUCUUGAGCAAAGAUCGCCUCCCUUGCAUCUGGCUCGCGCCUUCAUCUCCUUUACAGAAAGUGAAUCGCCAAACCGUCACGACAUAAUACUUCAGAAUUUCAAGAUGCUUAAAGUUUUAGACUUGGAAGGUGUUCGUAGUGUUAAGGAACUACCAAGUGAGAUCGGGGAUCUGGUCCUCCUAAGAUAUCUAGGCCUGAGGCACACAUCAACUGCAACGCUUCCCAGAUCAGUCAAGAGGCUCUACAACCUGCAGACGCUGGAUCUGAGAACCUCUGCUGGUGUUCGUCUGUCACAAACAAAAGUCUCCCUAAAGUUGAAGGCCAAGCAUGUAGCGAAGAUGACCAAUCUGAGACACUUAUAUUUUGGAAGUCGAUCACGCGGCGAACUUUUUAAUGCCAUGGAAGUGCCGGAAGAUUUUGGAGUGAGGCGCAGCUUAAAGGAACUGCAGAUACUGUCAUAUGUAAAGGCAGGCGGCUGGGUGAAAAAGGGUUUGUGCACCAUGACAAACCUCAGAAAAUUGGGAAUGCAAGUCCCGAAAGGAUAUGGGAGUGGGAGUGCUUUUGGGGCGAUUGCCGAACUGAGCCACCUUCACAGCUUGUAUCUGCAAGGGGAAUUGCAAGAUCUGCCAACAGAUGCACUUAAGAAUCUUACCAAGCUAACACUCGAUUCCUCCUGCUUAGGUGACGGCCCUUUCUCAGGAUUACAAAAGUUGGAAUCGCUCAAGAGCUUGAGGCUCAUCAACAAUGCUUACCAGGGCAAGAGGUUGUGCUGCUUAGGAGGUGGGUUCCCUUGUCUUGAAGUCUUGAACCUAGAAAACUUGGAGCAUUUGGAGGACAUGGUUGUGGAGUCCAGGGCCUUCGGUAAACUCAAAUACAUGAGAAUUGCCUCCUGCGGGCAUUUGGAUAUGAUCCCACAGGGGCUAGAGAACGUGAAGAGUCUCCAGGAACUGAAACUAAUCGACAUGGCGGCCCGCUUAGUUGAAAGAGUUCAACCUAACACGGGUAAAGAUUGGCCCAAAAUUAUGCACAUCGAAUCGAUCAUUUUUACCACGUCCGCUGUUGAAAAAGAAUUUGAUGUUGGCCAACUGAAGUAGAGCCUCACCAAAUGAGCAACCAUUGGCAACGGAGCGGACUCUCUGCCCUGUCACUCUGAAUUAUGUUUUAGUCGCUGCGACUUGUUCAGUGCACUAGUCGUAGUGUUGACCGUAUUAUGACCUGCCUUGUUGUUAUUGUUUGUGUGUAUACAAGAGAGUGUGCGUGAGUUUAUCGCUUUUCGGUUCUUUCCAUUCUUCAGGCCUUAAUUUGUAUUAUCUGUUUACAUAUGAAAGAUCAAUGUGUUUCAGACCA